AUGCCGACUCCUACUCUUGACAGUGCCUCGGAUAACAUACCGCCAUGCCCUGAUGAGGCCACGGACGAACCGAGUCACGAGACUGAUCAACAUUCAAUGCCUCGUCUUCUCUACGACGCCCAAAACGCUGCGGCGACCCUAUGGGCUCGUUGCUACGGUGCCUCUCAAAGAUCGAUCAGUUUCUUGUUCCAAGCUACGAAAGCUCCCCGCUCUGAUUUCUCACUGUCAACUUUAUCUGCCAUGGCUGAAUCUUCGGCGAGUGUCACUUCAGACACGGCAGCUGAGAACGGACCUGGCUGGUCGGAUCGUCCAAGGAGGAAGCUUUCCGUUGAAGCGAUCGCAAUCACCGGCUGCGUAGUGGCAUUCCUCAGCUUGAUUGUUACCAUCGUUGCUCUGCUCCCGAGCUUUAAAGGAGAGGAAUUGGCCAUAGCGCAGCUCAAACUGGCCGUCUGGACAGCCUCAAACGAGUACCUCCAGCAGUGCAAAGACCAGUCGAAGAACGGUUUCAUCUCACCAGACUGCGAGGAGGCGAUGAAACGUCCCGCAAAACCGCCGCCUAGUGUCUAUGUCUCCGCGAACUACGGCUAUAGCGGGUGUUGGCUGAAGGUGUUACUGAUCGACCAAAAGUCGAGGAUGAUGGAACAAAAGAAUCUUUUGGACCUAAGGAAGAUGAUCUCGGUUCCAGAGUACGGUGGUGGAGAGGCUCUAAUUCUGAUCAAAAUCGCCAUGGCGAGCGCUUACAUCGUGAUGCUACUACUCCCUUUCCUAUUGAUCCUUGUCGAAUCCAAGCGGAACGGCGGGAAGAAGCGAUGUUCAGAGUCGGGUCGUCGGUGUCGUCGCGGCGAGGGAGGGGAGUAA